CACGAUAAGAUGGCGGAUGCAGGUUCACCAGCCGUUGAUGACGUCACGUCUGCUGUUGCAUUCAACAAGUUUGAGCACGCGACCGUUGGCGCCCUCUAUAUGCUCUUCUGUGUCGUUGGUGUAACGAGCAACUUCCUGACAGCCCUGACCUUCUACAAGGACACCAAACUACUCACCACCAGCAAGCCCUGGCUCCACAUCCUUCUAGCGGUGGCCAACCUCCUGGUUGUUGCCCCUAGCCCGUUCCCCGCUUCCUCGAGCUUUAGCGGGAGAUGGCUGUACGGGAAUACCAUGUGUCAGAUGUACGCUUUUGAAGGCAUGUUCAUCGGAAUUGUGGCUAUUGGUUCGGUUAUUGCCCUUUGUAUAGAGAGAUAUGUCAUGGGAAAUAAACCAAACAAAGACGGCUGCGGGUGGUUCUACAUCUGGUCCAUUUUGAUGGUCAUCGGUAACGGUUUUUUCUGGGGUGUGAUGCCGUUAUUAGGCUGGAGCAGGUACACGGUGGAACUCUCUGGAACUUCCUGUGCCAUCGACUGGAAAAACCCCGAUGAGAGCUACAUCUCCUACUUGGUAACCAUGGAGAUCUUCUCCUUCGCCAUCCCAGUGGUCGCCGCCUUCGUGUGUCUGUACUGGGCGCAUUCACCGGCGACCACCCAACCAGGGGCGGGGCCAAGUGGGUCAGGUCAAGGUGACACUUCCGGUCAGCAGGUGGCGCAGGUGGAUCAAAACAUGGCGCCGUUGACAGAGGGUCAGCUCCACUCGCUGUGCUACGUGUUCCUACUACUCAUGCUGAUCGGCUGGGGGCCCUUCGCCUUCCUCUGCACCUCCACCAUCUUUAACGGGGCCCAGGGCCUCUCCUACCUCGCCUCCAGCAUCCCGCCCCUCUCCUGUAAGCUGAUGGUCUCAUCCUACCCCCUGGCCUACGCCGUCGUCUCCCCGAGGUUUCGCCACAGCUUCACUUCCGUUUUCUCCGCCUCGGACCGGAAACAGGACUAGGUCACGUGGUCUGCGAGUUACCUAGGUGACGAACACUAACAAGAGAUCUGGUCUAUUUAAAAAAAAAUUUAAGUUUCAUCCUUUUAGCAGGGGUUGUCCAUAAAGGCAUCACGCUAUUUUAACAGGUGUUUACCGUCUUUAGUGUCGUUACAAACAGCCCCUUCCCCUAACCUUACUUUCUAUAAAAUAUAUUCAUACAACUUAUCUUUCUCCUUCCCUCCAAAAAAGAAUAUGUCCAGCUUUGAAAAUAAACACGUUUUCUUAUGUCUUUAAUUGCCGUUGAGAUUAAAAUCGAAAAAGUUUAUUAAUAUAGCAAUAUUUUCAUUGAGAUGUUAUUUAAUAUUUUUUUUUAGAAAAAAAUAUUUAUAAAAAAUAGCUCUUAAUAAAUCUGUAUUACGUCACCCCCCACCUCAGUUCCCAUAUCACAUCAUUCACUGUAUCCAAAAGCCCCCCCCCCACCCCACGCACGCAGUUUACAAUGCCAUAAAUGGACCACCCUAUCAAAUAAAUAUCUUUCUAUCGUAUUUUUUUUUGAAAGGAAUCUAAAACAAAAAAAAAUUUGCAGAGCAAUCUUAUACUUAUAAAUUGAGAAUAUAAUUUGAAUUUUUAAAUUUGUGAUUAUAAUCUUAUGGAGUUUAUCAGUUUUUAUUAAAAUAUAUAACUAAAAAACUUCGUAAACAUCGAAUCAAUAUUUUUCAUUAAUAUUUCUUUUAUAUGGUUAAAAACAAAUGAAAGAAAUUGUUAAAUAUUUCUGACAUCUGAUAUUUUUUUAAACUGCGUUUCAUUUUCAACUUUUAUAAAAAAAAUUCUUUUUCAUAUAUUGGGCUUUUUUUUUUUAUAUUUUAGACAAUUAUAAACUAGCCCAAACGGUUUUUGUUAAAUCGUUGAUGAAAUAAUCAAUUAAAGGGCUUCCCUGUAUUUAGAUUUAUAACACAGUACACGUGUACAGGUUGCAUGUACACAUUCACGAUAUAGUGUACUAGAACUGGUUGUUCAUUUGUGCCCAAACACAUUUCAUGUACACAUUAGCACCACUGUGUGCUAGCUGUAUUGUGUACGCGUUGUCAUUCCUGAACUGUUUCAAUCUUCUCGGCAUUUCUGUGUACACAGUUUUCAUAUAUAAUAUAGUGUACAUUGUAUGGCCUACCAUUCAUGUUUAUUUAUUGUAUUGCAGUACACAGUUACAGCAGUUUAUAGCCUGUUAUUUCUGUAGUGUACAAAUCAUGACAGCACCUUGUACACACAAGCACUUCGUGUACACAUAUAACACUGUGGUCUGCUGUUCCUGUUCUGUACACGUUAUCUCUGCGUACACAUGUUUGAGUGGUGUACACAUAUACUACAUGUACAUUGUCAUUCCUGUAAUAUUUCAGCCUUUGUUCUGUGACAUGUACAAGCUCUAUGUAUUAUCUGUGUUGUACACACGUCAAAGUGCUUGUGACAAAUGGAACCACAUUGUCACAUGGAAAUAUAACAUUGUGACAUGGAAAAAUAUGUCACUAGUCUACCAACUGAGGGGACGUCGUGGUAUAGCGGGAAAAACCGCACCUUCUAACCAGAAAGUCGCGAGUUCGAUAUAUAUAUAUAUAUAUAUAUAUAUA